GAACGUGUAUGGAAAGCAGAACAGAAACAUGAAGCAGAAAAGAAAAAGAUCGAGGAGCUCCAGAGGGAGCUUCGCGAGGAGCGAGCUCGAGAGGAGAUGCAGCGCUAUGCGGAGGAUAGCGGUGCUCUUAAGAAAAAGUCAGACAGGCUUGAUUGGAUGUAUCAAGGGCCUGGCAGUAUGGUGAACAAGGAGGAAUACUUGCUGGGUAGACCCAUUGACAAAUAUGCUACAGACAAGAUGGUCGAUGAAGAGUCUGGACCUUCUUCUGACACUGGGCUGCUGCCUGGCUCCAUCUUUUCAGCAACGGGGUCUAACUCUGCAUUGGAUAUGGCAUCUAAAAUACGGGAAGAUCCACUCUUUAUGAUCAGAAAACGUGAAGAAGAGAAAAAGAGAGAAGUUUUAACUAAUCCCAUGAAAAUGAAAAUGAUCAGAGAGAUACUACAAAAGAACCUGGAUAAAACAGAUAAAAAGAAAAAGGACAAGAAGAAGAAGCACAAAAAGCAUCGACGAUCCAGCUCAAGUGACAAUGAACAUCACAAAAAAAAGCAUGAAAAGUGUAUCAAUUCUUCAUCCACGUCUGUUCCAAAGAAACUGCCUGGGUAUGGCUUAAAGGUGAAAGAUUCUCCCAGCAUUAUCCAGCAACAACAUUCCUCAUCUUCUGACCCAGCUAAAAGAUCUCACAAGGCCAGACCCAGGUCACGGUCUGGGAGCCACCCCAGGACAGUCGUACAUCAGUCUCAUAAGGAUGUCAGACGUGAAGAUUCACGCCAUAGAAGAUCCAGAUCGACAUCUCAGUCACCACCUAAACGCUCGAAAAUGCAUUCACGGUAUGAUGACAAAGUUGGAAAUGUUGAAGCUCAAAAGUCAUACCUACCAAGAGGACAAUACCACAGGAGGCCUUAUUCCAAUCAGUCAAGGAAACUUUCAGCGGAGGAACUGGAACGCAGGCGUCAGGAAAUGAUGGAAGAUGCAAAAUGGAAUGACAAAGCACGCCAAUGUAACAUCAAACGGUACAAAGAGGACGAUGAAAUGGAGCAGGAACUGGAGAGAAAGGAUACUAAGGACGGAAAGUUUCUCCACAAAAUUAAACUACAAAGCACUGCAACGUCAUCAUUAGAAGAUCGUGUCAAACGCAAUAUUCAUUCCAUUCAACGAACACCUGCUGCCCUGGAGAAGAACUUCAUGAGGAAGUGAACUGGGCCUUAAAAUACAAAAGGAGCUGAGAUCCGGAAGAAGAGAACAGUGUUUGAACUAUGACAGUGGCCAAUUUGCCUUCCUUUGUACAAAUACUAAACAAAACAGAAAAACUUAUAAAUCAUCAAUACUCAGGGAAAUCGAUUUGAAUGCACAGAAAACACCUAGUUAAGAUUGGUUUGUCCUCUCCCAAAUUCCCUAUGUGCAGUCAGUCAGAACUAAAAACAUUUCGUCCCACUGUUUUAAAAAGAACUGCACAAAGGGCUAAGGUUAGUGGAAUCACCCUACUUGUGCCGAAGAAAUUGUCAGAGCCAAACUUCCAAGACUGACUGUAAAUCUCCUGUAGUUUGAGCAGGACCAGAGACAGUUAUUGAUGUUUAGACCUUAAGUUCCUUCCAUUAAGGUCACCACUCUGUUAAACUGCUGGAAAAUCCAAGGGAAUUGUGACUUUGUAAUUUUUUAGUCUGAAAUUUACACCCAUAAGAAGACAUGACACCUGAGGUAUCACAGACACAUGCUAAGAUAAAAGGAAAAUACUGCAGGUGUUGGAAAUCUGCGAUUAAAACAGGGCCGUGGCAGCAUCUGUGGAUAGAAAAAGAGUUAACUUGAACAUGACUUUGUUUUUCUGUCUCCACAGAAACUACCAGACCUGCUGAGUUUUUCCAGCACUUUGCUUUUAUGACACUUUUGAUCUGCAAUGUUUACAUACAGAUCAGCGAGUUCCUGUUACGUUACCCAUUUUUAUAUGUAUAUUAAAAGAUGAUGGAAUUUGGGGAGAGAUUCCUGAAAUACUCUGGUUCCAGUCAGCUUCUUUGGGUAGAGACAUUGCGACAGUCAGCAUUUCUUAAAAAAAAAAUUAUAUCUGACAUCUUGGCAGCAAACUUGAUUUAGUAAAUGCUGAUAAAGUCAUGAAAACAUGAUAACAGGAAGUAGUAUUUAGGGCUAGGAUUUGUGUUCUUUGCAGAACAAAUAAUAGGUAGGUUUAGAUGUACAUUGUGAUUUUUCUUUCAGAUAUUAUUUUCCUUUAUUCCUCGAUUGUACACCAAUUCUCAGUAGAUUAACAUUUAUGUUGAUCUUUCUUUCUUUGUAUUUGCUUCUUGGGAUUCCUCACCCCCAGUAGGGACAGGUAAGCUUGAGGAAGUGCAAGUCAAACCGCCAUCAUCCCAAUUCCUUUGAGAGUUUACCAUCUUAACUUGCUGUGUGCAUUCAGAUUGGUGAAGAUAUGAAUAGGAGCUGGGGCAGAACUUGCCUAGGAUUAUAAGUAUUGAACUAUCAUAGAACACACCCAAUGCUCUCUGCACAUAGGUUCAAGUACAUUGACCAGUGACCAGUGCACUGAGUGGUGUACCUAUCCACUCAACCAGUCAGCCAGUGAAAAAGACUGCAUUUUACUGAAUAAAGACACAGGAUUCUGCUGCAUCCAUGUGUAUCUAGUGUAAAUAGUUAUAAUCAGUAUUUGAUUAUCUGGAGCAUAUAUUGUCAUUAUGACACCUUUCAUCUGCACAAAGUAAAUCUGUAAAUAACCCAACAUGGCUGAUGACUUUAGAUAUUUUUUAUUAAGGUUUGUGUAUAAGAGUAAAAACUGAAAUGUUAUUGGCAAAGAAGCUUCCAAUUUCAUGGUUAUUUUGUACAUUUCAAAAUCUAGUAAAGCCAUUUUCAAACUUG